GGAAGACUAGUAGGCGGUGGAGGAAAUAAUCAGGCCUAGUGUUGGAAGAAGUACUCCGGUCCUUUACUUAAAUAAGAUAUCAAGCGUAUCUGGACAUGUUUGCUGAUACAACAUAUCUAAGACACCUCCUGUACAGAAACCUCGUGCUGGUCUGUGUGAGUCUGGUUCUGUCUGUGGGAGGAGCUAAGAGAACAGACUACCUGUCAACACUGCGUACAGUGUGAGCUGAAAGCAGACUGACCAUCCCCCCUUCACUGACCUGACAGAAAGAAGACUGUAAGUUUUUGUACAUUCAGCGUUAAAAGUUUAUGAUGCUGUAUGGCUGCGACCCUGGUAUUCAGACUGCAUGACAGAGGCCCGGAGCUGCUGAGGGAGGUGCUUCUGGAGCGAGGCUGGGAGGAAUAUGAUGAAGGGGAACAGGAAGAAGAAGACUGGAACCUCUACUGGCGGGGCUCUGCCUUUCACAGCUCACAAUAUCACAACCUGCUGCCAUGGCAGCGUCUCAACCACCAUCCCAAAACUGCUGGCAUCACACGCAAGGACUUCUUGGCACGCAACCUGAGGAGAAUGAGAGUUGCGUCUGGUUCAGCUCUCUAUGACUUCAGUCCCACUGGCUUCAUCCUCCCCAGUGACUACACCCGUUUCCUGGCUGAAUACAACCAGCUGCAUCUGACCAGUGGAGAGUCUGUCUACUGGAUAUGUAAGCCUGUGGACCUGUCCAGAGGCAGGGGGAUCUUCAUCUUCAAGGAUAUUAAGGACUUGGUCUACGACUGCUCUGUUAUUGUACAGAGGUACAUCAGCGACCCUCUGCUGAUCUCCGGCUACAAGUUUGACCUGAGGAUAUAUGUGUGUGUGAAGAGCUUUCAUCCACUGACUGUUUACAUUCACCAGGAAGGACUGGUGCGUUUCGCCACUGAGAAGUACAACCUGUCAUCUUUGCAUAACCUGUAUGCUCAUCUGACCAACACCAGCAUCAAUAAGUUUGGUCCUUUCUAUAAGGCGGAAAAAGAGAGAGUGGGCCCAGGAUGCAAGUGGACUCUGAGCAAGUUCAGACAUUUUCUCAACAGCCAGGAAGUCAGCCAGCUUGUUUUCUGGCAGAGGAUCAACAACAUUGUCACUCUGACCCUGCUCACCAUUGCUCCCACUGUCCCACCUUGUCCCAACUGUGUGGAGCUAUUUGGCUUUGACAUCCUUAUCGAUGUCAGGUUGAAACCCUGGCUGCUGGAGGUCAACUACAGCCCUGCACUGACGCUGGACUGCCAAACAGAUAUUACAGUGAAAAAGGGGCUUAUCAGUGAUCUUGUUGACUUGAUGAACUACACAUCAAUUGACAGCUUAAGAGAGAGAGCUUAUCUGAAACACAGGCACAAGCAGCCUUGUUUCCAUGCUACCCAGUCCUCACGUGUUCCUAUACCUGCACUCUCAAAGUUUAAAGGACCCAAAUUUAAGAAGAAAAGGAGUGGUAUCCAAUCCUCACAAACUCAGAUACUCCCUCUGCUAAAACCUCUUCUCCAGUCUGAAAAAAUAAACCAGCGGCAGUCCAGACAAUAUGCUUUAGUAGCUGACUGCCAGAGACGCCUUCCCCCUGUUGACUUGGACAAGACAAAUGCAGGCAGGGGCAGAAUCAUUAACACCUCAGCUGCCAGAAACCAAAACAGCCAGUCGCUACACCUGAUACUUAGCCCACAUUCAAGGACAAACGUGUCAGUCGCAAAGAGACAGACCUGUCCGGCUCUUGCACCGUGGUUGAUAGAUGACAGAAGUCUUCACGUGUCUGAGGUUACGAACCAUGACGAAGCUGAAACAGAAGCUGAGAUGGAGCUCUCAGGAGGGACAGAUGUUUCCGCUCAGAUACCUGAUAUCCCACAGAGAGAGCUAGGAUUUGGGAGUUCUGCCGUGUCCUGGAAGCUCCCGAGCAUUUACAGCGGGAGUCAGAGGCCAGUAACAAUUCCUCUGAAAGGAACCAGAGCGGUGAAGGAACAACAUGUUCCUCCACUUAGAGUCGGGGGCUUCAUACGGACAUUCCCCUUUAAUACAGCCACUCUGAAGGCCUCACAGCACAAACUGGAUGUUAAGGUGAUUAUACAGGAGCUCCACAAGCUGACUGCUCACUUGGCUCCAGGCCAAUCAGACAAGACAAAGCAGAGGAGGGAGGAGCACACGGAUGGUGCAGAAGACUUCGAAUCACUGUUGUGGGGGCCAAAGGAUCCUCCACUACUCAGUCAAUGCUUCAGACCCACUUAGACUUGGGUUUCUAUUU